AGGCGAACCAAGAAUUUCUAUAUCUCAUAUCAUACAGUAUUAAAAUUAAAAGGUAUUUUAGUAAGUUCCUAUGAAAUAUUAAGGGUUAAUUACGAUUUUGGUUCUUAAGGUAUAGGCCAAAAAAUUUUUUCGUUCCUAAUCUUUUUUUACACACAAAAUCGUCUCUAAGGUUUAAAACCAAGUUUUAAAAUCGUCUUUUUUACUUAAAUGUUAAAAUUUUGGACCAAAUUAUCCAUAAUAAAAAAAAUUAUAAAAUGAAAAAAAAGGAAAAAAAAAAAAGAGAAAAAGAGUGUUUCUGCUCUUACAAAGGGGGAAGGGAAGAAGAAGAAGAAGAAGCUGUCUACGAUCUACCUCUGCCUCCAUUUUGGCCGCCACCUCGAUAUGAUUUUGGUUCUUAAGGUAAGGAUGAUUUUAAAACCAAGUUAAACCUUAGAGACGAUUUUAUAUGGAGACGGAAAAAAUUUUCGGCCUAUACCUUAAGGCUUACUUAGUCCAAAUAUUAAAUUAAUGCAACUGCUAAAAAUAUUAUGAAUAUGAUAAGCUGAUUCUGAUAUCAACUAAACAUACACCUUAAAAAUGAAAGUGACACUUGGUAUAACUAUGCUGAAUGAGGUAGUUAAUAUUAAAAAAAAAGCUCAUCUUGACCGGUUCUCAUUGCACUUGAACAAGUUAAACGCUAACCUAAAGUUUUCUUUCACACUUUUUUCAGACAUUGUUCUCUUCUGAUGUGAUGUUCUACACAAAGGGGAAGGAGAAAGAACAAAAGAAACGACAUACAUGCAUGCAUGCAUGUAUUGCCUGAAACAUUGGUGUAUCAAAAAUGUGGGUGUUCUAUUUAAUAUCAUUGCCUAUGACAUUAGGCAUGGCGAUUUUAACAUUGUUAUAUUUUUCUGGACCUGAUGUGCCAAAAUAUGUGUUCUUCACCGUUGCAUACACCUGGUUCUGCUCUCUCUCCAUCAUCAUCCUCGUCCCCGCCGAUAUAUGGACGACAUUAAGAGGUGAUCAUAAUGUUGCAAUUUCCGUUCUUUGGAGUUUGACAUAUUGGAGUACCUUCUUACUUACAUGGACUGUGAUUCCCACUAUUCAGGGUUUUGAAGAUGCUGGAGAUUUCACAGUUAAAACAAGAUUGAAGACCAGCAUACAUGCAAACCUAGUCUUCUAUCUCUCUCUUGGUUCUGUAGCACUCAUUGGUCUCAUAUUGCUCAUAACUUUCCACCAUGAUUGGAGUGGUAACAUAAUGGGGUUUGCCAUGGCUUGCUCAAAUACAUUUGGACUCGUUACCGGCGCGUUUCUACUUGGAUUUGGUUUGUGUGAAAUUCCCAGGGGAAUUUGGUUGAAUGCAGAUUGGAACAUUCAGCAGAAAGUCCUUUCCCACAAAGUUGCAAAAAUGGCUGUCAAGUUAGAUGAUGCUCACCAAGAUUUUUCAAAUGCCAUUGUUCUUGCACAGGCAACAUCAAAGCAAAUGCCGAAACGUGAUCCUUUGAGACCAUACAUGAAUAUAAUUGACAAAAUGUUGGCACAGAUGUUGAAGGAAGACCCUUCCUUCAAACCACAGGGUGGAAGACUAGGAUGUAACAUGGGUUAUGACACAGACGAGAAAACCAUGGCAGAAUUAAGACGCCAUCUAAGAAGAGCUCGAGAGCAGUAUUACCGAUAUCAAAGUGAAUAUACGAAGUUUGUGUUAGAAGCCCUUGAACUGGAGGAUACCAUAAAGAACUACGAGAGCCGUGAUUCCACAGGAUGGAAAUAUAUUUCAUGCUUGAGGCCUGAACGCACUGGCAGAGUUGGUGCUUUUUUGGAAACAACUGAAUUUCUAUGGCGGUGUAUAUUAAGGAAGCAACUUCAAAGAUUAGCCGCUGUUAUAUUGGGAUGCAUGUCAUUUUCAAUUCUUUUAGCAGAGGCUACCAUACUAAAUGGUGUUGAUUUAUCCCUUAUCUCUAUCCUAAUACACGCUGCAGGAAAAGAUGAGAUUCUUGUGCAGUUAGCUGCAUCCAUACCCUUGAUGUAUAUGUGUGUUUGUACAUAUUAUUCCUUGUUUAAGAUGGGAAUGUUGAUGUUUUACUCAAUCACACCAAGACAAACAAGCUCGGUCAGCUUGCUUAUGAUAUGCUCGAUGGUUGCAAGAUAUGCAGCACCAAUUUCUUACAACUUUCUUAACCUUAUUGAUAUCGGCCGCAAUAGAAAAACCAUUUUUGAAAAGAGGAUGGGAAACAUUGAUGAUGCUGUUCCGUUUUUCGGGAAAGGAUUUAACAAAAUCUACCCCCUCAUCAUGGUUAUAUACACUUUUUUAAUAGCCUGCAAUUUUUUUAACUGGCUCAUCAGUUAUUUUGAGAAUUUGAUAAUAUUCAAGUUUAUUAAAGAUGAUGCAGAAGAUAUGGAUGGAUUUGACCCAUCUGGAAUACUAAUCUUGCAUAAAGAGCGUUCUCAUCUCCAACAAGGCCACAAAGUCGGCGAGCUUGUUUUCCCUUUAGCAAGGAGUUUCAGCACGAGUAACCCGGAUCUAGAAUCAGCAGGCAAUACUGUGGCUCUGGAUGAGACUCCAAGUGGAGUUGACACUGCCAAAACAGCAGAAGACAAAAAUAAUGAAGGCGCCGAAGGUGACAGGAGCAGGAGAUUCCGCGGCAGAAAGUAUGGAGCGCUAAGAACACAUUCUAUCGAACAGUUGCCGGGCGGUAAAGAUUUGAGAGAGGAUAAUAAUGAUUCUGAUAAAACUAGUUCAGGGCAAUCAUCUUCAUUAUCCUCAAAAUGGGAUUCAAUGAUGUCCCAGUUUAGAAGUUUAAGAUCAAACAUGGAUUCCAAUAGGUUCAAUCCUCUUGCUGUUCAAGGAACCACUCUAAGCUCACACUCUUCAUUUGAAUCCUUUGAUGAAAUAUUGAAACAUCCACACUCAGAAUCAUAGUUUCUAGUGACUAAAGUUGAUCAUGAAGUAUUCAGAAGUGACUAAACAAAAAUGUUAAGUUCAUUUUGGUUGUUCUACAAAAUUAACUGCAUAGAAAUGUUAAAUUGUAGUUUCAUAAAGUAAAUCUAUUUAAGCUAGCAAAUUGCGGAAAAGAAAUACUAGUAGGAUAUUAUUCAGCUUCUUGUAAAACUAGUUUAUUUUUAAUUUGUUGUCCAUACUUUG